AGGUUGAUAACUUAUUGCCAAGGGUUGACUUCGUGCUUGUUCCUCUUUUCUUCUUCCUUUUCAAAGUCCUUUUUAUUUCAGUUCUAUACCUGACUUCAUUUCAGUAAAUGCCACUCUUCAAUUCCUAGCUUCCUUAUAGAAAACCUUCUUAAACCUUGGGACGAUUGAGCCAUGGCAAUUGCUUCCAGAGGGAGAGCUGAGCUUACUUCGAAGACGAGCGCAGAGAGUACAAAGGUGUGGACAGAGCCGAGGCCGAGACCAAAGGCUCAAGUGGUUUACUACGUCUCAAGGAAUGGCAACCUCGACCAACCUCAUUUCAUAGAGGUUCCUUUCUCCUCUGCGGAAGGGCUCUACCUCAGAGAUGUCAUCAGCCGUCUCCAUGUUCUCAGAGGCCGGGGCAUGGCCGACAUGUACUCCUGGUCUUGCAAAAGGAAGUACAGAAAUGGCUAUGUGUGGCAUGACCUGUUGGGAGAUGAUUUCAUCCACCCUGUUCAUCGUAAUGAGUACGUGCUCAAAGGAACACAUAUCCUGCACUUCUACUCCUCUUCCUCCGCUUCCAUGCAAAGCUCCGCCUCUUCCUCCGUCGGCUCCGGGAAGUCUUUGGAGACCCGGAAACGCGUGCAAGGUGACACCUUUCCCUCUUCCACCAUCAAUUCGAGUGACGCGUCCACCCAGACGGACGAGCACAGGAGUCAUCGCAGGCGAUCUGAUCCGACCGAGGAGAACCAAGACGAGAAGCCAAAGACACUGACGAUGGUAGAGAACCCCGCCUCCGAGCUCAGCCGAGAGGAGAUAUCGUCGCCGAGCCCCGAGACGCUGGAAGCGCUGAUCAAGGCGGAUGGCUGCCGGAUCGUGACAGCGGAAUCAGAGGAAAAGGAGAGGGUGGAAGGAGGCUGCUUAAGCGGAAGAGUGAAGGCCACGGCGGCGCUGAUGCAUCUGAUCUCGUGCGGCUCGACCUCGGCGAAGGCGAGCGGUUUGUCGUCGUUGCCGCAGUGCAAGGAACGUACGGUCGGACCGAUCGGAGUCCACGGCCCACUUUCCGAGCUUGCGGGCAAUGAGAUCGGAGGAGGUGUACUUCAACAGGAGGUUGGUAGAGAGCAAUAUGACGCCGGCAGCGGGAAUUCAUCGACCUGCCAAGCUUGAACUGAAGGGAGAGAGCCCGGCGGGAAGGUGUUAGGUCGAUGGAGAUUUGCCACUUCCCGUACUGAUACUGGGACAGAUUGACGGGAGCCUUGGACGCCUUUUACCACUCAAUUGAACUGAGGAGAGAAAAAUAGAACUGAAUUAUAUAUUUUAUUUUUAUUGGUUAAAUUGAAGGGUUUUUUUUUUCAUUUAUUUUAACGAAAAGAAUGGUAGUAAAAAGAUGUACGUAUUAUUAAUCUUUAAAAUAAUAAUUAAUAUA